AUGUCGAAUAUUAAUAGUGACACAGGUAUCGAAGUUGAGCCAACUCAACAUCAAAGAGUUUCUCAGGUGGCUGUUGUUACUACUUUGAAUGAACCAAUAUCAACUGUAACAGCAACAACAGCACAAACAGAAACAUUGCCAAUUAGCAAGAAUGCACUAAAGAAGGAGAUGAAGAGAUUGAGAAAGGAGGAGCAUCUUAUCAAACAUCCUAAAGGACCAUCACCCAGUCCUGUCAUUCAACAAGGUUCAAACUUUGGUCACCUUCCACCAUCAUCUCAAGGUUUGCUCGCGCCUCCAUGUCCUUCAAAUGACUCAAACAACAAUAACAACAACAACAACAACAACAAUAGCAAAAAUAGUAACAUAACAACAAUAUCAAUUGCAGAUAUUAAUGAAUCAUUGAUUGAUCAACGAUUCUACAUUGUUGCUAGAUUACAAUCUAUUGGUCGUCAUGGUAAGAACUUGGCACUCAUCAAGUUACGCGACUUUGGAACAUCAAAGACUAUUCAAGGAGUCGCAUCAACAAUUGCAUCAUCACGCACAAAGACUGAGACCACUCCAACAGACACAUCUUCGACUAUCGAGUCAACAAGGAACUUCAUUCGAUUCAUUGGACACCUCAACAAGGAAUCGAUUGUACAUGUUGAGGUGACUGUGACCAGGUCUGAGAAACCGGUAGAGACAUGCACGAUCACAAAUCUCGAGCUGGUACUCCAUGCCCUGUACGUGUCGUCGGCAACUCCUCCCAAUCUCCCAUUGACAUACGAUAGUUUGGAGAUCCCAUCACAUGUGUUCAGCAAGAUCGAUAGCCUAGAGUACAAGGCAAAGAACACGCCACUGAGCCAACACGAGCAGAGCAUAUUGGCAUUGAACAAGGUCAAGGCAAAGAAUGGCAUUGACUUCAUGCCCAGCAUGAGGUACGACAAUCGUGUCCUCGAUCUACGCGGGCCUUCCAGCAAGCUCAUAUUCAAGGUACAGUCGUCGAUUGGAUUACUAUUCCGUGAUCGUCUAAACAAUCGCGACUUUAUCGAGAUACAUACUCCGCGCGUCGUCCAUGCGCCACCUGACGAACAUCGCGGCCCAACAUUCCGCAUGCAAUACUUGGACGAACUACCUGCACAGCUCAUUCGCACGACAAUUCCCUAUCGUCAGAUGGUGGUGCUGGGCGACAUGCACCGGGUCUACGAGGUCGGGCCUGUGUUCCGUGCUGAUCAGGGCAAGACCUUUCAGCACCUCACCGAAUACACGAGCAUGGAUGUCGAGAUGGUCAUUGAGCGCGACUACCACGACAUACUCAAUGAGGCUGAUACACUGAUCCGUUCGAUCGUGGAAGGACUGAACCAGCGAUAUGCCAGCGAGGCAGAGUCAUUCAAAGAGCAGUUCGAGUUUGAGCCAUUGGAGUUUGGACCCAACCAGCGAACACUCGUACUCACGCUCGACGAGGCCAAGACCAUACUGGUAGAGAAUGGCGAGGCAGUGUAUGAUUAUGAUCUAAUGGUGCAUCAGAAGAGGAUGUUGUACAAGUUCGUAAAGGAGCGUUAUGGUGUGGACUACUUCAUCUUGGACAAGUUCCCCUUGGAUACAUGCGCGUUCUAUGUGAUGGCCAAUCAUUCCAAUUCAAAACAAGCCAACUACUUUGAGUUGAUCAUCAGAGGAUUGGUAGUGGCCACUGGUUCACAACAUAUUCAUGACCUUGCCACUCUGAAAGAGAGUGCACGUAAGCGUGGACUAAGGUUGGAAACAACGAUUGGUCAGCACUACUUGGAUUCAUUCCAAUAUGGAUCAGUGGCACAUGGUGGAUUCUCAAUUGGAUUGGAACGAUUGACAAUGGCAUACUUGAAUCUUACCAAUGUACGCAGAUCAUCAAUGUUCCCACGUGAUGAUCAUCGACUGAAGCCUUGA